CUGCUAGACAUUGCCAAUUAAUUUCCCAAAGCCAUGGUUACGACCGAUUUCUUAUCGUGAAGAAUAGAAAAGUGUGAAAUUUAGAAAAAAACGGAAACGGAACCGGCGGCAUUGGUCUACAGAUCGGAUCUCGUAAAAGUAUCGGUAUUAUCAAAGUCUUAUUCUGACGAGGAGUAAGUGUACAUUAAGGAUGGAAUGAUAAUUUCGAAAUGAAUUAAACCUUUCGUUUGUUUGGUGCUGUAGGUUUCUUAACAUUUCUUCCGGCAGUUCGCGAGAACCCCUCGUUAGCAAUAUUUUGGCUCGCUGUGCUGCGAAUGUGUGUUACAGAAUGUAUCAAAGUAAAGUGAGAGAAGGAGAGAGCGAGAGCAAGACAAACCAUACCGGUCUACAUGUGCGCCUGGGCGUGUGUUUGUGUGUGUGCCUCUGAAGGAUCCGUACGCCGUUACGAUGAAGCGAAGAAAAUGUAGUAACACUAAGAAACGAAGCACCGAGAGCCAAAACUAGGUCAACACAGAGAGUAAAGAGCAAAAGAGGGAGAGAGAGAGAGAGAGUGACUAGACGCAAUACUGAGACCUGUGUCCUGUGUGUACUACGGGGAACUUUUUUCGGACACAACAUAGAGCGCGCGAAUCUUGCAGGGCGUGCUCGGUGCUGCCAUGCACACGCAUCGAAGUAGCCGGCAGCGAAAAGUCAGCGCUCCAGUGCAAAACGCGCCUAUCUUAUCCGUGUAUCCUCCGUGGGUUGGUGUAGCUUUCUGAUCCUUGAAGUGCACUCGGUUGCUGGUGACAGACACGGAGGUAAUAUAAAUAAAUUAUCCUCAACCCUGCAAAACAAACCCUUCACGUCCGUGUGUGUGUGUGUGCAUGUUGUCCCACCAGAAAUGUUGGCUUGUGUGUAAUCGGCUGUGCAUCAUUCCGUUGCUGUUUGGUGUAGCGGUAAGCCCCUGCAAGAGCUAACGGGCACCAGAAGCAGCAGUUUCAGUGUGUGUGUGUGUGUGUGUGUAUGUGAAUGUCACGCCUUCGGGCAAAGUGGAGGCUGUGUAAACACAAUUAGUAGUGCGCACCCACCCUCACGCGCCCCGCCCGGAGCGCUCUCUAAUCCAGCAGCACCGGAAACCCGACCGGUCCACCGGUAUGGCUGCCGCCGUUCAGGGAAGCCCGCGGACGGGCGACGAAUCGUCGGAAAGUGAGAAUGAAACCGAACCGGCCAAAAUAUUCCACCGGAAAUUGUCUACCAAGAAGGACGUCAAGUCAGCGACGGCCGUCAAGGAAGGUUACCUGAUGAAGCAGACCUGGUCCUUUCAGCGCUGGCGUCGAAGGUACUUUCGACUGAAAGGACACAAGCUGUACUACGCCAAGGACAGCAAGAGUGAUCUUUUCGAUGAAAUCGACCUCUCCAACCUGUGCUUCGCCGAGUGCAGUACGAAGAAUGCUAACCAUAGCUUCCAGCUAAUUACACCGACCCGUUCGCUAGUGCUGUGUGCUGAAUCACGCCGAGAGAUGGAAGACUGGCUGCAGGCACUGAAAGCCGCUUCGGCGCGAGAAUUUUUCGAGCCGGGACCACCCGAUCAGCACGAUUUCCUCUCCGGGCAUCAUCACUGGUAUGCCACAUCCCACGCCCGCCCGACGUACUGCAACGUGUGCCGGGAGGCACUGUCCGGCGUCACCUCCCACGGGCUGUCCUGCGAGGUGUGCAAAUGCAAGGUGCAUAAGCGCUGCGCCGCCAAAGCAAUAUCCAACUGCAAAUGGACAACGCUCGCCAGCGUCGGCAAGGACAUCAUCGAGGACAGCGAUGGGAACAUCGUGAUGCCGCACCAGUGGAUGGAGGGCAAUCUGCCCGUCUCGUCCAAGUGUCUGGUGUGCGACAAGACGUGCGGGUCGGUCAUGCGGCUGCAGGACUGGCGCUGCCUCUGGUGUCGCUCGACGGUGCAUACGGCCUGCCGGCCCCAGUCACCCAACUCGUGCCCGCUCGGGCCGGCCCGCGUCUCCAUGGUGCCGCCGACAUCGCUCCACUCGAUCGGGCUGGACGAGGCGUGGGACGUGUGCAAGCCGCACGGCAGCUUCUCGCCCCUGCUCGUGUUCGUCAACUCAAAGUCGGGCGACAAUCAGGGCGUAAAGUUUCUGCGCCGCUUCAAGCAACUUCUCAACCCGGCCCAAGUGUUUGAUCUCAUCUCGAGCGGUCCGGGCCUCGGGCUGCGCCUGUUUCGCCAUUUCGAUCCGUUCCGCAUACUGAUCUGCUCCGGUGAUGGGUCCGUCGGCUGGGUGCUCAGCGAGAUCGACCAUCUAAACAUGCAAAAACAAUGCCAAAUAGCAGUGCUUCCGCUGGGGACGGGUAACGAUCUGGCACGCGUCCUUGGCUGGGGCAGCUCCUGCGACGACGAUGCGCACCUACCGCAGCUGCUGGAGCGAUACGAGAAGGCUAGCACGAAAAUGCUCGACAGAUGGAGUGUGAUGGUUUUCGAGCGCGACAUUGGCAUCGCCUCGACACGCACGCCCAAGAUGUCGAUCUCGCACUAUCCGGACCCGCUGCUCUCCCAGUACGAGGACAGUGCGCUGUGGCAUCUGCAGUCAAUUGUCUACAACGAAGACACACAAAUGAUGAUACAAUCGACGAGAAUCCUGUGCGAAACGGUCAAUGACUUUAUUGCUAGAGUAAGAGAAACCAGCUCGGAAGAGGAGCAAUUAAGCGUCAAAUGUGAUAUUUUAAGACAAAAGUUAGGAAUGUUAUUAGAUACUCUGAAGGAUGAGGAAGCUGGUCUUCACGGUGACGACGAAUUAUUUAGAACACUGAAAGAAAUUGCUCAAAAAAGUGCCUCAGAAAGACCAAUAGAUACAAAAACCAUAGAGAAAAACGAGAAAGACAAACUGAAUUCCAAAGAGCGCAUCAGUAGAAUAGACCGUCGUUCGGAAAAGGAGGCACUUUUAUGCCGGGCCAACAGCCUCAAGCGAGCAAUACAUGAAGUGGUGGAGAUGAGCGAAAAGAUCAUACCGUACGCACCACAGAAGCGCCUUUCGGUACCUAUGAACACACUACGAGCCACCGCUUCCUCAUCGGAUAAUUCAGUGAACACGUCGCCGGCCACGCUGCCACCACCGCCCACCGGCAUGAUGUCGCCGUCGGUGUCGACGUCACGGCUGACCUGCAUCUCACCGCUGCCCGACAUGCGGCGCGACUCGAUGGAUGAGCACUUCUUCAGCACGCUGAACCUGCCCGUCCCGAAGCAGUUCGCCGACGGUGGCAGCCGGCGCAGCUCAGGCGUCCCGGAGUCGUACCGCAUCUCGAGCAUCGAGGAGCUGGAGGAGAACAGCGUGCACACGGAGCCGAAGCUGGCCGACCGCAUCCUGGAGCCGCCGAUCGAGGGCGAGUCCGAGAUGGCGACCGACAACCAGGGCAAGGAUCAGGACGACACGCUGAACCAAAAGUCGACCACCACCACCACGUCCGAUUCGCAGUCGACGACGGCACCGUACGACUUUUCGUUCGAGUCCGACACGAAGACGGUCAAGUUCGAUCUCGAUCCGAACAGUGCGUUCGAGCGGCUCGGCUUCAAACCGUUCAAGAAAACGAUCGAACAGCACCAUCAGCAGCAGCAGCAGCAGCUGGGGGGUGAUGGACAGUCUCAUCACACCGAAGGCGGCGGCGGCGGCUAUCUGCAGUUUCAACCGAUCGAAGUGUACGAACGCAACUACUACCGUACCCAUGCGCAGCGGCUGGGUAUCGGUGGGGCAGGGAAGGCCGGGCUGGCUGGUGGUUCGGGCGAGGCAACGUCGGCGAAAGCGGGCGCAUCGUGCAAUAUGCUGCAGGUGCCUACGAUCUGCAUUCCUAGCCUGGAGAAACCACCGGAAAACAUCUACUUCAGCGAAAACAUUACCAUCAUCGAUACGGACAUGCCGGAGCGUUCGUCCUCCGAUGAGGUCCCGGGCGAUGGCAGUGAUAUUCUUUCAGCAAUAAGCAACGAAGAAUGUAGCGUCACGUCGGAGAUACUGGACAGACAAUCAGACAACAACUCGCAGGUUCAUGUGGGUGACAUUAUACAGGAUCUGGACAACGAUCGCUUCAGCCAUAUCGAUUCGCCGGAAACGAGCGACACGACGGAAGCCCUGCACGGCGAAAGCCUGAUGGACGACAUCAGCUCGGUGCUGGGGCAGGAUUUGCUGGGCGCCCUGCAGGACAACACCAUCACGGAGGACACGACCACACUCUGCACGCUCGAGCACACCAAGCGGCGAAGCUUCAAGGUCAAGCGCACCGUCGCCGCCGCGUCCGAGCCGGUCGAGCUCGACCAGUGCGGGUUCGAGAACCGCGUCUUUGACAUCGACAAUCGGUGCGACGACCAGAAGGUGAAGGAACCACGGUUCUGCAGCCUGGCAAAGUUUGUCGAGGGCAACGACAUUGCGCGUAAAAGCUUCAAGCGUCCGCACCGUGGCGGUGCCGUGCGUAACCUCGGCCCACAACGGUACGCCAACCGGCUGUCGGUCGGCGAGAACGAGUACGAAAACAUUAAAAGCUUUGCGCGCAACCUGCUGCCGGUGCACGGUUCCCCGUCCGACGUGUCCGUGUCGGAGACGGACACCGUGCGGUCGUCCGGCUUCGAGUACCGGAAGCUGGUGUCGGCGGCGAACGCGGAAGAUGAGGACGAAAGCCUGCCGGACGACGAGCUCGGCGAGCGGUCGUUGAGCGAGAACGAGGAGUCGCGGCCGCAGCAUCGCGCCCACGCGGAUGACGAUGAAGAGGGCGAGGAAGACGAUGAGGAGGAAGAGGAGGAAGAGGAGGAGGAAGAGGAGGAUGAGGACGGGGACGAGAGUUUGCUCGGGCGGGACGAUGAGCACGAGAAGGACGACCGUAGCGAGAAAAGCUUCCAGCUGCCGUGCAUUCCCACGAUCAACGUGGUGGUGGAGCCGCCCUCGCCGGCCAUCAGCGACGAGCUGCGGUCGCUGCGCGUGCCGGACAUACGGCGCCACUCGGAGCAUACGCCGAACCUGCUGGCGCCGCGCGAAAUCGACAUCAAUCGGCGCCACUCGAACAACAACCCGAACCUGCUCGGGUUCGACUCGGAGCACAUCCGCUUCCUGAACUGCUCGCCGGCCGCGUCACGGCGCAUCAGCAGCGGCAGCCUGCUGUUCAAGCCGGAGGGUUUGGGCAGCUCGAAGAGCAACAUCUUCAGCUCCAACCUGGGCCUGUUCGGCACGGACAAGGAUGCGGAAGAGAGAAAGAAGGAGGAAAAGGAGGAGCGCGUGAAGAAGCUGCCCAUCAUCAAUCCGCUCGUCCGGCUGCCGUCCUGGCCGAACGUAAGCACCGGUACGGGCUUCAUCUCGAAGUGCUUGCUGGCGAACGCGGACACGCUGUGUGCCGCGGUCAGCCCGCUGAUGGACCCGGACGAAACGCUGCUGGAGGGGUACUACGAGAAGGCGGUCAUGAACAACUACUUCGGCAUCGGUAUCGAUGCGAAGAUUUCGCUCGACUUCCACAACAAGCGCGAGGAGCACCCGGAGAAGUGCCGGUCGCGGGCCAAGAACUACAUGUGGUACGGCGUGCUCGGCUCGAAGCAGUGGCUGCAGAAGACGUACAAAAACCUCGAGCAGAAGGUGCAGCUCGAGUGCGAUGGGCAGCGGAUCCCGCUGCCGUCGCUGCAGGGCAUCGUGGUGCUGAAUAUACCGAGCUUCAUGGGCGGUACGAACUUCUGGGGCAGCAAGAAGGAGGACGACUGCUUCCUGGCGCAGAGCUUCGACGACCGCAUCCUGGAGGUGGUGGCCGUGUUCGGCUCGGUGCAGAUGGCCGCCUCGCGGCUUAUCAACCUGCAGCACCACCGGAUAGCCCAGUGCCAGAGCGUGCAGAUCAACAUCCUUGGCGAAGAGUGCGUGCCGAUACAGGUGGACGGUGAGGCGUGGCUGCAGCCGCCCGGCAUGAUACGCAUCAUACACAAGAACCGGGUGCAGAUGCUGUGCCGCAACCGCAGCCUGGAGGUGUCGCUGAAGAGCUGGCAGGAGAAGCAGCGCCAGCACAGCAUCAGCAUCGCGCGGGAGCAACCGUCGACCGCGUCCGAGCAUCACGUCGCGCCGUCCGAGGACAUGUUCUCCGAGCGCGAGACGUACCUGCUGCUGAACUUUAUCGAGUGCGUCAGCACGCUCGUGAAGUGGGUGAAGUUUCUGAUCAUCUCGCACCCAUCGCUGCAGCCGAACCUGUACGUGGUGGCGUCGAAGACGGCGGACGCGCUGGAGUCGAUCCACCCGGGGGGCAAAAUCAUCGAGGGACCAAACCUUCGCCGACAGCUGACCCAGUUGGUUCGCUGCGCCCGGCAGCUGUACGAGGACACGUGCGAGCUGUUGCGCGAGCGCAGCCACAGCCUGAUACUGCGCGAAGAUCUGGAAACCAAGCUGAGCGUGUCGCUCGCCAACAUGGAGAUGGAGCUGGGCAAGUGCUCGCUGCAGCAGUCGUCCGAUACGGGCGAAACGAAGGUGUAUCUGAACGUGCUAGCCCCGAACGAGGAGAUCGAUCAUCGCAAGAAGCAGAAACCGUUCUGGUUGCGGUUCCGCAGCGGGCACAGCUCGCACCACAGCCCCGCCCUGAGCGGUGCCGGCCCGAAAGCGGCCGGCACUACGUCGCGCGAAACCGUCAGCAACUGGGGGGUGGGUGAGGUCGUCACCUGGCUGGAGGCGAUGCAGCUGGCCGAGUACGUGGACAGCUUCAUCAAGAACGACAUACGCGGCAAGGAGCUGCUAACGCUGGCGCGCCGCGAUCUGAAGGACCUGGGCGUGACCAAGGUGGGCCAUGUGAAGCGCAUUUUGCAGGCGAUCAAAGAUCUUGGAGCAGGAUAGAUGUCACCAGUGGACGAUAGGUUGGGCUUUCUCUCAAUCGCCGCUGAUGGCUUAACCCCAUGCAGUGAGCCAAGCUAAGGAACAUCGCGCUACAUCAACGAAACAAAUCGAAACCUUAAUUUAUGACCAUUCGUAAGCAACCACAACUAGUGGGACACAAUCGAAAAGGAGCAGAAGAAGGUAUAUCUAACAAAAAAAAACUUGAAGACAUAACUAAAACUUCGAUAAAAGUAACUGAAAGACUUUGUUAUCUGUCGUGUUUAGUAGCAAGUGCAUCGUAAUCUAUCGUAAGCAUCGUUAAACGUAAGAGUUUAGCUUGUAAGGCCAAACGAGAAAGAGAAAAGAAGACCUGCUGCAUCGACUGAUGAGUGCAGGCAGUGUUAGUAUCCUAAAUCUUCCUGCGUCCGCAUUUAUCAUUAGCAAUGGCAGCAUGGUAGUGCUGUUUUCCUCCCAAUUUUCCAUUUCCAAUCCUUUACAAAACUUGUUGCUGUAAAGGUAACAGAAAUCACGAAAAAAAAUCCCAGAAAUGAGGCGUGUUUUGUGUUAAAUGGAAGCCUAUCAAUAUAUCAGCAUAUUAUAUACAUCUGUAAGGAAUAAGCAAACAAACGAUCUCGUUAUACCCACACUAACAGUUAUACACAUCGUAUAGACUUAUAUGUAUGUAGAUACAUAUAGAUAUAACUAGGUUAAGUGUAAACUAUUGGGGCUGUUGAUUGUGUGUGAUUUAGUUUCCUCCCUUUAAUCGUUGCUUGAACCUACCGUCGACGAUGUUCAUGCCAUUUUACGCCU